AUGAGCGUCUUGCCGCCCCUCCCACCCUACAGAUCAGCAAAGGUGGUGCGCGUAUCGACCGAUCUCGCUGUGAAAUAUGGCACCGGAGUUCAAAUGGGAGAAGCAGAGAACAUGAGGCUCGCUGCAGGUGUCCCGUCGCUACUCGUACCAUUCGAGCAAGACGUCGAAUACAUUCCGACUCACGACAUGACGAAAUGUACAUACAUAUUGAUGGACUGGAUUCACGGCGAUUGUCUCGCCCACAUCUGGCCAUCCCUGGACCAGACUGGGCGCGGGGUCAUGGUGAGGUGUAUUUACGACAUGAUCACAGCGCUGCACAACACGAUUCUCGACAAGCCUGGCCCCGUUGGCGCUGGCCCCUUCAACUCACGUCGCGACAUGGAAAUCUGGUUCGAUUCUCGUUUGACAGUGUGCCGUCAAUAUCGCAAUGCUCCCCGCGAUGGGUUCAGUUUCAUCGAUAAGCUUCGUCCGCUAGUCCUGUGUCACUUGGAUAUCCAUACGCACAAUGUCAUUGUCGAUAAGCAAGGGUCGCUGUGGCUCCUGGACUGGGAGUUUGCAGGUAGAUAUCCUCCCUAUUUCGAGGGGUUGUUCAUGAUCAACGAUCACGACAACCCUGAAUUCACAGCGCGUCUCAAAGCCUUGCUGGAGAACCCGGAGCACAAAGACCAGAUUGCCAGAAUUGAGAGCAUUGGGUUUGCCGUUACGACAGGGAGAAAGAUUGAACCCAGCAAGGAGGUGUUGUUGGACCGUCAGCAAAUUGCUCAUAUCCAUAUCGCCAUUUGA